UCGCAACUACAGCAUUAGAAGUUGUGGAGGCCUACCAAAACCUUGGUGAUUUAAAAAUUAGUCAUAACGACAAAGAAGUGUCAUCGGAAGACUCAAAAACGGAAAUAUCGUCUGCAGUGGUAUGUAAAGAUUGGAAAUAUCAAGCCAAAAGUUUAUUAACAAGUUUAAUAGGUAAGACAAGGAAUUUUGAAGGAACGGAGAUGCAUGAUAAAUUAAAAGAAACAUUAAAAGAAUUAAAGAGUUCAUAG